AGGCACGCUACGUAAUUUACGUACUGUUUGACUACGUGAGAACCUCUCAGCCGGGUCAGAACCGGCGGCCUCGGCGGGCAGACAGCUGGUUGUGUGUCCGACCUGAGCUCCACGCAGUCCCGGAGGAUGUCUCCGGAUUAACCCGGGAGCAGCAGAGCGACCCGGACCGUCUCAAUCCCAUAAUCUGCCUCUCGGUUCCGUUCCGGAGGAUCGUCAUGGCUCGGCGCUUUGUUGCGAACCUGCUGCGGUUUGGGAGUCGAACCGGACACCCGUCCCUCCGGCCCGUCCACAGCUCCUCGGAGCCGGCGGCUGGGUUCAAACCGGGGAAAGUGGCCGUGGUCACGAAGACGACCCGGUACGAGUUCGAGCAGCAGCGGUACCGGCACGCAGGACUGUCCGAGCAGGACCUGAAGCAGCUGCUGGCCAUGAAGGGCUCGAGCUACUGCGGCCUCCUGGAGAGACACCACAUCCACACCAGCAACGUGGAGCGCGUGGUCACCAGUCUGCAGAAUGAAGGCAUCGAGGUGCGGGUGGUAAAGAGGGGGGAGUAUAACGAGGAGGUGGUGCGAUGGGCUGACGCCAUUAUCUCAGCCGGAGGUGAUGGAACCAUGCUGCUUGUUGCCAGUAAAGUUCUUAACGAAGACAAACCUGUGUUUGGAGUCAACACCGACCCAGAGAGGUCUGAAGGUCAUCUCUGCCUCCCUGUCCGGUACACCCGGGCCUUCUCGGAGGCUCUGGACCGCCUCUGCCGCGGUGAGUUCAGGUGGUUGUGGCGUCAAAGGAACCGUCUGCACCUGGAGGGGACUGGCAUAAACCCGGCCCCAGUGGACCUGCAUGAGCUGCAGCUGAGCCUGGAGCAGCACAGCCGGGCUCACCGGACCAGCACUGCUGGCAGCCAGCACAGACCAGGCUCGUUGCAUCAAAGUGUGUCGGAGCCGACCCUCCUCCCGGUCAGGAGCCUGAAUGAGAUCUUCAUCGGAGAGUCUCUGUCCUCCAGGGGGACGUUAAAACCCUUCCCACCCCAUGCUAACCUCUUGCUCCAUAGGGCUUCGUACUACGAGAUCUCUGUGGACGACGGGCCCUGGGAGAAACAGAAGAGCUCCGGACUCAGCGUCUGCACCGGGACCGGGUCCAAAGCCUGGUCAUACAACAUCAACAAGCUGGCUGAGCAGGCUGUGGAGGAGGUUCUGAGGAUCGGUCAGUCUCAGGCCGGAGUGGACUUCCCUCUGAACCCGGAGUUUGUUGCAAGCGUGACGGACCUUUACAACGAGUCUCUGGUGUUUAGUCCGGACGACCCGCGCUUGUUCUACAGUGUCAGAGAACCGAUCGCCAACAGAGUGUUUUCCAGCAACCGUCAGAGAGGCUUCGCCAGCAGGGUGUGUGUCCGCUCUCGCUGCUGGGACGCCUGCAUGGUGGUGGACGGAGGGACGUCCUUCGAGUUCAACGACGGCGCCAUCGCCACCAUCAGCACGCUCAAGGAGGACCGGCUGAGAACCGUUCUCCUGGAAAACUGAUUCCAGUCCAGUGACCUGGACUGGUCCUGAAGAGCCCAGUUUGAGGGAAGUACCGGGUUUUACUGGUGAAAGUUCUUCGUGUUCCAGUCAGUGGUUCUUCUGGUUCUGACCCAGUUCGACUCGGCUUGAUGGUCUUCAGGAACAAAAGGAACCAGCAGCUCGACCUUUGACCUGGCCCAGAUUCGGUUCUUUCUCCUUGUCCUGCUCUCGUCUUUAUUUGAAGUUUAAAACUCAAUCUGUGAAGUUAAAAUCAGAACCUUUCAGUUUUAGAGAUUCAAAUGAUCAAAUAAAUAAUUUAAUUAAAACUAACGUUUACUCAGCUGCAGUGCUGUGCAGAAGUCUUCAGCGUCUCCUUUGCUUUGAACUUUUGUUUUAUUUAAGGACAUCCAGACUCUGGUCCUUUGCUGGAUUUUUUGUCAAGUUUAGACCUGAGAUGACCCGGAUCAGGACAAAGGACCGAAACCAGGACUAAAAUCAGCCCACGGUCUGCAGAAAGUCUGGAGGACUGAUGAUCCGGACCCCUUUAAAGGACUACAGGAAGAUCUGGAUCAUUGGACGAACAAUAAGAAAAGCUGAGGAUCGGACCGGACCAGGACCUGCAGAACUUUUGAUGAACGUGAAAAUAAAAGAAAGAGUUUAGUAGAAACACAGUUUGACCAAGUGAGAAAAUAAAAAUGUUUUUUUUGAAGACAAAUGAACGUGUUCAGGUUAAAACAGACGGGACUGACUCUGGACUCGUGGGAGCCCCUGCACAUGGUUUUAAAGACAACAGUAGAUCAGUCUGCAGAUUCAGUUCUUUGGACUGAGGUCCAGCUGAUCAAGACCACCACAGAUCAAUCUGUUCUGAUGUUUUUAGUUGUCGUUAAUGAUCCGGAUGAUCCGAGGGUUCCUCUUCUUGAUUUUCAGGUCAAGAGGUUGAAUUUUCUGAUCUGAAAUUAAAAAUGAGCUCCAGGUUUUGUUUCAUUCAACGAGGACGUCUCGUGUCUCUGAGCUGCGGGACGUCUCGUGUCUCUGAGCUGCGGGACGUCUCGUGUCUCUGAGCUGCGGGA